ACACACACACACACACCGCCGAGAUGUCUGAUGACCUUGACCCCACACCCCCACAGAGCGAGCGGGGGACCCCGAGCCGCAUCCGCCUGUUGGGCCAACAUUUCCUACACCUGAGCCGCUAUCCCGCGGCCCUGCUAGAGAGGAGGGCCUCCCUCAACCUCGUCGACGAGCCCUCCUCGGACCCAGCUGACGGUCUGCGGGAAAGCCCGAUAGCAGCUAGGCUGCUGGCCGGGAAUUCCCGUUCUUCUAAUUUUAUCCCCGAGGCCACCAACUUCAAAGGUGGUAGCCGGAGUAAACGGGAGACCGACGCCACACGGCAAGGCCGUAUCACAUACGUGGAGGAGAAUGUACACGUCACCCCAAACAACUCCACACCCACACUCACCCCCCACGAUGGGGCAAGUUGUGGCGCAGAAACCACAUGCAGUAAUGCAACCCAAAACGACAGGCGCAGCAAGUCCCACAAAUUGUCCAGCCCUUUUACUGCGGUCUCCGACACUGCGGCCUCAGCAGUGUCUGACACUGUGGCCUCCGUCAAUGAAGCGUCCAACUUGUUCCCCAAAGCCGACAAAAAGUCUCGAGCCCUGGACCAGCAGACGGACUCCUCCGGGGACGGGGUGGAGGUCCACAUCCCCUCCCGGAUGCUGGACACCCGGGGGUCAGUGUUCCUGAAGAUUCGACUGGCCCGGAAGUCGCUGAGCCACCCCGCGAGUCACGUGUACACCGUGUUCUGUGGGGUCCUGUCCAUCUUCUGCUACGCCGCCUGCGUGGUGCUCAUUAUGCUCAUCCCAAUCACCAAGAUGGCCGUCGGCUUUAUCUACUUCAACGGCAGCAACGACGCCCCCUCCACCCCUACCUUCCUGCUGGUGAGCGGCGCCCUGGGGUUCAUCCGUGACUUCUGGGGUCUGGUAAUGAAGUUGAUGUACGCAGAUUACCAGCACUUCCUGUACGAGAACAGGGUCAGCUCCCUCCUCAUCUCCAUCAACGUCAUCGAGAUCUUUCUCUUCUUUUACGGCUGUGCUAUGGUGUUCCAGUGCCAGGAAGUACACGAGUGCCAUCCAGUGCCGUACUGGUUCGCCAUGUGGGUCAUCGUGGUCACCAUCUUCUUCUUCACCUUCACCGUCCUUUUCACCCUCGUCUACCGCGGGGUCGACGCCAGCCUGAGCCGCAUCAAGAUGGCCAUCAAGGCACGGCAGAUCCUGGAGGACAGGGUCAUCGAAAUCUUUCCUCAGCCGGUGAUAGAGCCACAACAGUCGAAGUAG